AUGAAAGAAACCAUAAUCGUCAUCAUAAUUGCAGUUUUGGGAUACUAUCUAUUUAAUUUUAGUUCUUUUGUACUCGACUCCACCUACAAACGAAAAUCGUAACGAUUCGUACGAAUCUCUUAUAUCUCUCAAUCAGUAUCACGAACUAGAUUCAUAUGUCCUGAACAAACUCACGUUUCGUAAAAAAAAAAGAAGAAGAGAAAGUGCGAAUUCAAACAUGUCAACGACAAGGUCGCAAAACCGUUCGCCGGAUGAAACCACGGAUCCGACGCCUUUAAUCGGAAGUUCGUCCGACGAAUCAAACUCCGGGCGGAGAGUUAUCCGCGCGCCGAGUCUCCGGCAAGCGGCGCGGUUCUUGAGACAAGCGAGUGGGAGGAGGCUGAUGCGUGAACCGUCGAUGAUGGUGAGAGAGACAGCGGCGGAACAAUUGGAAGAGAGACAAAGCGAUUGGGCUUAUUCGAAGCCCGUUGUGAUCCUUGAUAUUCUCUGGAAUUUCGCGUUCGUUGUUGCUGCCGUUACUGUGUUGAUUUUGAGUCCGAAUGAAUCUCCAAGUACGCCUCUUAGGUUGUGGAUUUUAGGGUAUGCUUUACAGUGUGUUGUUCAUGUUUUGUGUGUUUGUUUUGAGUUUCGGAGACGGAGGCGGGUGCGGGAACAGUCGAACGCGACUGCCGCCAACGCCGUUGAGGGACGUGGCAGUGGGGAUUUGAGCUUUGGUUCAAUGGAUGGUUAUGUGAAUUUGUCGCAGUAUGGGGAAGAUGGUUCUACAAGUAUGGCAAAGCAUUUGGAAUCAGCCAACACAAUGUUUUCUUUUAUUUGGUGGGUCAUUGGAUUCUAUUGGGUAUCAGCUGAUGGUCAAGCUUUAAUCCAGGAUUCUCCUAAGCUUUACUGGUUAUGUAUUGUCUUCCUGGGUUUUGAUGUUUUCUUUGUCGUUUUCUGUGUUGCUCUGGCAUGCAUCAUUGGUAUUGCUGUUUGCUGUUGUCUUCCGUGUAUCAUUGCACUUCUGUAUGCAGUUGCAGAUCAGGAAGGAGCAACAAAAGAAGACAUUGAGCAGUUGUCGAAAUUCACAUUCCAAAGAAAAAGUAAGGAAAAGCUUGCUGGUAAUACACAAGGACCUAUUGGAGGAAUAAUGACUGAAUGCCAAGCUGAUUCCCCAAUUGAACAUGUGCUUGCUGAUGAGGAUGCGGAAUGUUGCAUCUGCCUUUCUGCCUAUGAUGACGGGGUUGAACUAAGACAACUUCCUUGCGGUCACCAUUUUCACUGUGCCUGUGUGGACAAAUGGCUGCACAUUAAUGCCACUUGCCCCCUCUGCAAGUAUAACAUCUUGAAAAGCACUAUCCAUGGUCAAGAGGAAGUAUAGGAAAUGCCAGAAAAGUUUCUAGCAGCCCUGUUGGGGAAUUGGCAUACUCUUGGUUGGCAGUAUAAUAGGUACAGCAUGUUAAUAUACUUUUUGAUACAGGCCUCUCAGUUGUUGUUGCUGCUGCAGAUGUGUGCUUGUUUAUCUUGUAGUGAUAAUUCCUUAUAUUAUUGUUUGUUAUGGUUGGUGGCUUUUUAACUGGUUAUGUAUAUCUGGUCAUUGUACACCAGCAAUAAUUAUCUGGAGGCAAUUAAUAUAUGUAUCACCUUCACCAUUGUUGUUCCCUGAGAGGCAAGCUGUCUUUUAUAAACCUCUGCAGAGGGCUGCGUUGUGUCUCAGGAUACCUCUUGAGCAUGCAUGGUUUGUCCAACUUGUCUCAUUUUUUUAUCGUCGUGGUCUCUUUGUAUUGAAACCAAGGGUGUCUUUGAUUCUGGCAACUAGUUUGUUAGGUCGCUGAGUCUAAUGCUGCAUGUUAAGAUCAAAAUAGUAACUGCUACAAAGCUGAAUCCUUGGAAGAACUGAAAUUGACAUAUGACAGCUAAAUUUUUCCUUAUGACCGUUCAGAAGUCUGAAAUGUGGUUUUGCUUACAUAUGAUAUUGGCCAUAUGGUUGGAGUUAUUUAUAUUCCAAAUGCCAAUGUAUUCAAGGUAUCGAUAUCUCAUGUAUGAUUCUGGACAAAAUUCAAAGAAUUAGGAUUUUAUAUUUUUGAAGUAUUA